AUGGCACAAAGUAAUAGCAAUAAUAAUGGCAAUGGCACUGGUAAUGGCCAUGGCAAUGGACAUGUCAAUGGACAGGAUGGCGAUGAACCUGAACUUAUAGGUAGACAGAUGACAAAUGAAGAAUUUCAAGCUAUGAGACAAAAGGCAUUCGAGGAUGCUGAACUCAGGAUUGUUACAAUGGCAAGAGAUGAAGUCGAUACAUUGGUACCCCUGCUCACACAGAACGUCUCAAAGGUUGACGAACUACUUAGACACGGUGAUGACAAAGACCAACUCAACAUCGCUCCACUCUGCAGUCUCGUCGUCGUUAUCAACCUAAUGCUCAAGGAGGAUCUCUGCAGCUAUCGUGAAGCGAGACAACAAGGUUGCUCAUCGGGACAGGCACUGGUGGAGGCGAUUCAAUCAUUUGAUACAAGCAGGGUGAGCCACCAUGCUUAUGAGUUGUUGGGUAGCUACUUCACAUCGUACGAGGAUACACUACAUAAGGAGUUCACAGAGGAGGAGGUGGCAAAGUUUGGCGACGCUGCCACUGCACUCUUCCGCUGGGCCGACAACAUCUACACGAUACUCACUGUGCGAUUCGAUGAUCCAAUGGACCAAGAAGAGGACGACUCCUAA